UGCAAAAUACUAGUGAAAAGAAAUUUUUUAUUAAUUUUCGUUUUUAGUUUUUACGUACGACAAAUUUACGACUUUUAAAAAAAAUCGUAUAUGCAAGUGAUGCAAUGGAGCUUUCUUCAGAUCCUUAUGAACUAAAAUUGUAUCAGAUGUUCCAAAGUUGUGACAAAGAGCAAUGUGGUUUGCUUAAUGAAGAAUCAUUGUAUCGUUUAUGUGGCCUCCUGGAACUUCAGGAUAAAGGCGCUGUUCUUAUUGCAGCUUUAUCUGGCAAUGGUCGUGUUUCUUUUGAUCGUUUUAAAGAAGCACUGUUGAGUUUUCUCGGCGCAGAGCUUGGGUUGGAUACCGAAGAACAACAUUCACAUUCGGAAACACAUAUACGCAGUAGCAAUGUGAUCUCAGCAGCGACGAUCAUUAAUACUAGCAAUAGUAGUGGCUGUUUGGAGGAUACUAAAGAGCGAACUCUAGUUAUAUGUGAUGAAACUGCAGGAAGUAAAUCGUUAGAUAGUGAUCAUACCACGUCAGACCGGGAAGUCUCACCUAAACUUGUGAUGGGAUCUAAAAAAUAUGGUAGACGUUCCCGACCAGCAGUACAAAAUGAAAAUAACGCACCGCUGACAGAUUCCGAUGAUGAUGUUAAUGAACAGGAUCAUAGACUAUGCGAUAUGAAUUUACACCACAGCAUAUCUUCAGUGCAGCGUUCGUCUUCGCAAACUGACAUUCCCAAUAAAGGAAGGCGUCGCUUGCCUACAGCAAAUGAUGGUGGCAAACUUAAACGUUGUUCUUCUUUGCCUACACAUCGAAACUUGCUACACAAAAUGGCUCCUAAAUCACUUACUUCAAAUGUGCAAAAACCACAAAUUGAAAAGGAUGUGAAAGUGUCAUCGAUUUGGAAUAAGCAUCAACAAAAACAGGCACUGAAUAGUAGUGUGGAAUCAUUAGAUUCACCAACAUUAGCUGAGCCUGAAAUACUGCCUGUACAUAGAAUAUUAGAUAUAUUCGAGCGGGCACAUCUCGCAAAUGGUAAGGGAAUUUUGCUCGCUCUCGGAUUUGAUGAUGAAGAAGUUAACGUAGGCCAGUUGAACAAAGUUUUGGAAGAGGAAUUACGUGGUUUUGAAGAUGAUACGCAGCUAGCACUAGUUCGUGCUUACAUGGCUUUGCAGAUGGCAGAACUAACAACCUUACGCCAAACAGUUCGCCAAUUAUACGGUGAAAAUAAAAAACUGCAUGCCAGCAAUAAAGACGCAAAUCAGCGGUUGUCAUUACUAGCAGCUGAAAUUGAUGAACGACACGCAUCUUUGGAAGAUUCUUCAAAAAAAGAGAUACGUAUGCUGGAGCAACGACAUGCUACUUUGGUACGUGAGUUGUCGACAAGGAUGGCUAACGAUCGUGAAAAUUGGAGCAGUUUUACAUCUCGUCUUGAAGCAAAAGUCAAGCAACUUGAGCAGGAAGAAAUCAAGUUUAAAACGGAGUUGGAACUUGUGCGAAGAGAAAAUUGCGAUUUAGAAAAUGAGCAACACAAAAUGCAGAAACAAGUCACUGAUUUACUUGAAAAAAAUGUCCAACUAAAUCUGCAGUUAGCAGACUUAAAUAAGGACGCUACUAAUGAUAUACGGGAUAAUCAAAAUGGCAAGAGAAUAGAUGAAGACGAAAAUGUAGCAGGAUUGGUAGACAAAAUAUCCGAAUUGAAAAUAGAAAAUAAAAAUUUACGAGAUAAGACUGAUGAGCUAGUAGCUGAAAUAGAGCGUUUGAAUUUGGAGCUAUUGCGUAUAAAAUCGAAAAAUAAAAAAAUUCCGCCGUCAAUCAACACUAACACAACUACAGAAUUAGAUGCACCCAUUGCUGUUUUGGAUGAUUCCGAAUUAGGAGUCAAUUUAACUGCCACGAAGCGUCGCGGUGACUCGCCCAGUAAAUCUCAUAUAACAGAAGAAAGUCCCCGGUUGGGUAAACUACGGAAAUGCACAGAUGGGACAGGUAGUGAGACCAGUGACACCAGCGGGGAGUGGAUGGCCCUCAACUCGGAGUUACGUGAGUCAGAGUCAGAUCGAAAUAUAGCAGCAGAUUGUGCUCAAGAAUACUUGGAGCAAAUUUCCUGCCUUAAGCAGAAAAUAGCUGAACUAGAAACACCUAAAAGUAAUUAUGCUACUAGUGAAAGUGUUUAUACUGAUGAACGUUGUAAAGAAUUAGAAGCCAGUUUGGAACAAAUGCAACGUGCUUACGAAGACUGCGAAGAUUAUUGGCAAUCUAAAUUAGCUGAAGAACGGCAAUUAUUUGAAAAGGAACGGCAAAUCUACGAAGAAGAACAACAAGAGAGUGAUAAAAAAUUUACUGAGUUGAUGGAAAAAGUGCGCGAAUAUGAAGAACAAUUCAGUCGAGAUGGCAGACUAUCACCCAUAGAAGAGAAAGAUGCGCUGGAGCAGCAAUAUGCUGAUCUAGAGGCGGAGGCUAACGAAUUACGAGAGACGGCAAGAAAAAUGUUCGACGAAAAGUGCAACGAAAUCGAAAGCUUACAACGAGAAAUCGAGGAUUUGCGUACGAGGUUAGGCGAAAGUGUGGAAAUACUUACCGGUGCAUGCGAGUUGAACAAUGAAGCUAUGGCAGUGAGUGCUUUACACAUUAAUCCAGAUAAGCAGAGUCCGGCUAGUUCUCCGAUUAGCUAUCUAUGGCAUCAGAGUACCAUACAAGAACCAGUUAAAAACUACAAUACAACAUUCCCUGAGUCACCUUCUCGACAUCCUAAUCGCAACAAUCUGACAACAUCUGAAACUACGAUAUUCAGUACCACUCCAGUCGACACUAUCGCGCCUAUUCAAAAGCCAGUAGGAUCGAAGCAGUCUGAGUCGGAAACUGAUGAUGUUUCUUCCACAGCCUCGGGCAAAAGUUCUGAGGGUCACAGUCCUGCGUCCACAAAUAGCGCAAGUCAAUCACAAACACAGCAACAAAUAAAAACGUCGCCCAGUACCGAAAAUAGCAUAUCUAGUCUAAGUAUGAAGGAAGAGUUGAAGCGGUUGAAAUUCUUCGAGAUAUCAUUACGGGAGCAAGUAAAGAAUUUGUCUUUACAAAGAGAUGGGCUAGUUAUGGAACUGCAACAGUUGCAAGAGGCACGUCCUGUGCUUGAAAAGGCCUAUGCUCGCACCCUACAUCCGAAUAUUAUACAGCGUGUUAACCAACUGGAAUUGCGAAAUCGUCAUUUGCAAAACGCUAUCAAGCAACAGCAACAACAAACGGAGUCCUUAAUGCAGCGCUCGUGGCAGCAACACCAAAUAGAACUUGCCGAGUUGCAUAAUAGAAUCGAAACACAAGGAUCAUUGAUUGCAGAACAAGUACAGCGCUUGCAAAAUGGCGAUUUGCUGGUCAAAGAUUUGUACGUCGAGAAUGCUCAUUUAGCCGCCACUGUACAGCGGUUGGAGCAGCAUCGUGUACGCAUGAAUAUGAUGCAUCAACAACGACAGGGCUUAAAUGGAUUGCCUGGAAUGCCUUAAACAUUUUAUUAUGCCAUGUUACCCAAAGAUUUGGAUAUAAUUGCAUUAGUAGAUGUUUUCUUUGUUUUACCGAGUAGUUAAUAUUAAUUGUUCACAAGCCUUUAUGUCCACAAGAAGAUGUUGUUAACACAAAGAAUCAAAUUUCGCACAAGAACUCGUGUUUGGCACCUCAAACUAACACUAAAUAUUAUCAAUAGGAAUAGUAUUCAUAUUGGGAGAAGCAUGAUGUAUUACGAUAUUAGAUGAUAGGUAGAAAAAUGUGAGGGACUUGCAUAUCCAUGGGACAUGUUGAUCAAGAGUAGUAUUUUUAGGAACAUAUGCUCUUAUAUAUUUGUAAUAUAAUACGAGUAUUAAAUAUUGUCCUCAUUUUUACUUUUACUCAAAAACCAAAACAACUGACUGUACCUUUCGAGGAAUUUUGUUAAUUCAAUCUUACGUACACAUUUUUAUUUUUUCAUUACUGUGAAAAAAUAUGAUCGUUUUGUAUACAGUUUAUGUUAUGUGCGUUUAAAAGCUAAAUUUUUAAGAAUAUAAAGUUUCUACAUAAAUGCUAAAUAUGUAGAUUGGUGUUAAAUAUACAAUUUCGUUUGGAUUGAUUUUUUAAUUGUCUGCAUAUAUUAAGUGAAGAAAAAAGUUCUGAUCAUCUGAUCUCAUUAGAUGUUUUUAUUGAGCCAUAUACUAAUAUGGUGAUUGGAAGGUAACAUUACGCUUCAAAAAAAGGUCUUUGACAGUUUUGUGAUUAGUAAAACCGGUUGUGUGUUAUAUCUUUCCGCAAUAGAGGUUAAAAGUCGCAGCAAACAAAUUUGUUCUGUUUAUGGACCCAGGCACAGUAUCGAAUGCAAUGGCAAAGAGUGUGUUUUUGUGAUUUCGCGCUGAUAAUAUGUGCGUCGAAAAUGGGGUGCGCUCUAAAACCGCUUUGAACCAGUUGCAUAAGGCUGGUCCUAAAAGAAGCUUAAUAUAUGGAUGGCAGAAAAUUUUACACAAAAAUGUUGGACGCAUUGACGCCUGCCAUUGUUUGCCGAAAUAUACAAUCGAGGCAUUUUUAAAGCGGAUGUUAACUGUCGAACUGGCGUUCAAAAAUGGAUCACAUAUCCCAUGAUUCCAUCAGGCCAAGUAAUCAAUUCAGGCCUCUAUUAGGAACAACUGGCCAGAUUGAUGGAGGCGAAUGAUCAGAAGCGGUCAGAAUUUGUCAAUAAGCCAAACCACACAGAUCUUCAACGACGCUCCAGAUGCUUGGAGAGCUCGUAUGGAAGAUUCUAUCGCAUUCCCCUCUUUGAAACAUUUGUAUAAUUUUCUUAAUGGAGUUAUCAAAUUGUUAUAAUAUAAUCCUAAUUAUGUUAAUAUCAUCGAAAUUCUCAGAACUUUUUACUUGACCUAAUAUGCACAUUUGUGAUUAAUAUUAGUUUGUCAAACUGAUUUUAAUCUUUAAAGGCGAAAUAUGUCUACCAAACUUUACUAACUGUUGACCUAGCGAAUAAAGUUUUAAUUUCGUUCCCUAGCGUAUUUACUUACAUUAAUUCCUAUAUGCCAUAUGCCUAAGACCACAAAGAAAUACACCGAAAUUUGUUGUUGUUUGUUGAAAGGAAAAACUGCGUAUUUGAAGUUUUUUUUUUUAGAAAAUUUUGCGAUCUAAGACAGUUGGUGUAAGUUAAUAAAAUCAUGUCACAGUUUUAAAUUAUAAAAGUCGGUUAAAAUGUUAAAUUUAUAUAAAUUUUAUUUAAUUAUAUUACUAUUUUUAAGUUGAGCUGUUUAUUACAAAAGACACAAGGAAGAAACGAGAUCAAUUUUACUCGCUUUUUUUUUAAAUUAUCCACUUUAUACAAAACUCCAUAUGUAUUCGUUUUUAUAGUUUGCAAUAUACUUUGAUGAACUACACUAAAAUGUUGAAAUAAAACAAAGAAAUAAAAUG